UAGUCAUCCCCCGGUUGUCACACUACGCUGCUGUGGUUGCCAGGCUGUCAAAAUAUCUCCUCAAGAAGGCCAAACUCGAUAUAAAGGGCUCCAGGCACCCCCAAAACAUCUCGUCGCCAAUAGACCCUUUCCGAAAUUCAGCCUGGCCUCUUCGAUCGCUAUUAUCAUCUGGAAAAUGGUGUAUAUUCUAUACUGAUGGUGGCCUUCUGUUCACUGAUGAAGGAAGAAGUUGAAGAUGGUUUAAGCAGAUGAUUCGAGACCUCUACAUUCGAGACGUCAGCGUGAUGCGAAGCAGGAAUUGUAUGGAAGAGCUGCGUCUAAAAGUUAGGAGUCCCCGGACCCGCUCCCGCAAUGGCCCGCUCCAACCACCACGCGGAUGGACUGCCCGCGACGCGGACAAGGAGCCUGGCGGAAGACGGCCUCUGCGAGACCCCCCUGCGCAACAACAGUGUGCCGAGUCCGCAAGUCCGGACGCGCAACUCCUCCCGCCUGUCCGCCUACCUGCUGGCGUUGCGCCCGUGGUCCUUCAGCGCCUCCUUUGCCCCCGUGGCCCUGGGGGCUGCCCUGGCCUACAAGGUCUCCCACGAGUUCAGCCCACUCGUGUUUGUGACGACGUGCGUGACAGCCCUCUCGGUGCACGCGGCAGGCAACGUGGUGAACACAUACUUUGACUAUAUGCGCGGCGUGGACGACAGCAAGCGCAGCGACGACCGCAUCCUCGUUGACAAGAUCCUGACGCCAGACGAGGUGGUCCACUUGGGCGUGCUCCUGUACACCGUGGGCUGUGCGGGCUUCAUCCUCCUAGUGUCCUGCUCGCCCGCGCGAAUGGAGCACCUGGCCCUGGUUUACUUUGGGGGCCUGUCGAGCUCGUUCCUGUACACGGGGGGCAUCGGCCUCAAGUACAUCGCACUCGGGGACGUGCUGGUGCUCGUGACGUUCGGGCCCGUGUGCGUGCUCUACUCAUUUGUGGCCCAGGCUGGCCUGAUGGCACCUGUGACGCUCUUCUACGCGAUGCCGCUGGCUAUGAACACGGAGGCCAUCCUGCACGGGAACAACGCUCGCGACCGGGAGCACGAUGCGCGGGCAGGUGCUGUGACGCUGGCGGUGCUGCUUGGCCACACCGGGUCGCACGUGCUGUACGCACUGCUCCUGUUCGCGCCCUACAUCGUGUUUGCGGUGGUCGGGACGCACUGCGGGGCCCACUGGCUGCUCUUGCCGCUUAUCACCCUGCCGACGGCCUUUGACCUGGAGCGGCAGUUCAGGGACGGGCGGCUCACGCGCCUUUCGCGGCACACGGCCAAGCUCAACGUCUACUUCGGACUCUUCUACAUACUCGGCGUCGUCAUGUCAGUGCCGGACUCACUGCCGGGACUCAAAGUUCGCUAGCCGUGCAUGUGGAUGUUUGCGCAUGCCCGAAGCAUUCGGCAGGUUUUCUGUAAAGUGACGAGCGUCGAGAGGCAGUGUCGGCGGGAAGGACGCGACGGCACUUGUGCGUCGACAGUUCUAGGCUCCAUGUUGUUUGCUUAGGCUUAACGGAAGGGAGCGUCGUUUUCGACCAGUUGUUGCCACAGACUGGUUACCUGUGGGAGUUUGUGGUUCUUUGGAAGGUUUCUUUGUUGGAUAAAUCUGUUAAGUGUGCUGUUUGCAUUGGGACAGAGGGGGAAGUGACUUGUUUGGAUGCUAGUUGAGAAUGCUAGCGUAACGUGUAAUUUAUCUGGCAGCCUGGAUCCGAAGGACUUCCUGGCAACGUUGUUUCUUAGUUGGGUGGGAGUUUCGACAACACUGGUCAUGCCUGGGUGCUUGCUGACGGGUUUAGAAGUCCGUGUUGCGUGCCCAAACCUUUUUAUAAAAACGACGUAAGCUGUGCCAUGGAAUCGUGGAUUCCAGCUGGUCCAGUUGUCUACCCAUUGUAGUAGCAGUUGACUUUGAAGUGGACUAAUAUGCAAGGUCAUGAUUCAGACUAGCCGCAUUUUUUUCAAGAACUAGUUGAGGCUGUGUGGUUAUAUUGUGCACUUUGCAACUGUUCAUUUCCUUAAAGCAAGACUGCUUAAGCCAACCUAAAGCUGCAAGAAAACACCAAACCAUGUCUGCUUUCUGUGAAGUUAAAUUUUAACUAUAUGUUUAGAAUUGUAGAAGAAUAAAGUUAUUUAUUGGAAGCAAGAAAGUGCAGAUAAAAUAAGUCUGUCACCUGCAAUAUCAUAAAAAUAGUUUACUAUAAUUUUCUGCAGCAUUUAUGGGCAUUCUCCAAAUCUUAUUUUUGCAGACAAUUGCCUUUUGUUAUAUUUCUGCUGUGCUAUGGCAUAUAAUUCUGUAGAUAUACCUUUUUCCUUUAUUUUUUUUACAGGUGUCAUAUCUGAUGACACCAACAUUUCAAAACAUAUGUUGUACAGCUGGUUACUGAAGCUUGGAGAGAAGGAGUUACCAAUGAGAAGUGUGCCUUGGGCAGCAUCAAUUGUCCUUGCUUCUAUUUGACCGUAGAAAUGGGUGCUGCUGGUGUGUUAUUCUGAUGGCUGGAGCAAGCAUUCAGGUUGCUGUGAAUGCAACAUGACGACGUACAACCCCGCAUUUUGUUCCUUACCUUACUGAUAGCACAGAGAUGUGCGGAAUGCCGGAUGGUGGUUGGCACUGUUAGGGUUAUACUUUUAACAUAUCAAAGUGUAGUGUCACCAACAUUUUCAUUUAAACAGUUAUUAUGUGCAAAUGCAAGCCCCCCCCCCCCCCCCCUCCUCUCCUUCCCUCAUCUUUCUACUCUAAAGACGGAACUUCUAAAAUGUAGAUUUUACGAAGUUGCAGUCUAGGGGAUAAACUGGGCCUUGCUCGAUGUGACAGCCUUUAGUUUUUCUAUAGACGAUAAUAAAACGAUGCUGUUUGUGUA